CCAUCAUCAUUUAAUUAUGUUAAGAUAAUUGAGUCCACCAUUUCUUGCACAUAAACAAGGUUUCUAAAACUGAAGCCAUGUGUUGCAUUUUACAUUCGUAACCUUUCUUCUCAGUGUCACAACUGCCAAGUCACCAAUCUGUGCUGCAUUAUUGAGUAUUUAUGUACUCUUAUUCAAAUAACUGAGAUUUGAGCUACUGGCAAGCACAGCAGCAAGAAGCUGAAAACCUGAUGGCUUGAACAAGUAUUUAUCAGUACAGUAUUAAUACUCAUUGGGGAGCAAUGACCAUGCUUGCAGAAUUAAGAUGGAGGAAUUUUUUUCAGAUUGCAGGGAAAAAUUUUUCUCACUUUUAGACACAUGUUAUCAAAAUCUAACCUAUUCUUAGUCUGUUAAGAAUGCCACACAACACAAGUAAAAAAAAAAAUAUAGUUAAAGGGGAUCUAAAUUUGCAGUGCAUGUGUUGCUGCUUUUGACUGGAAACUUCUUUGCUAGGAAGUUAAUCUUUGGUUGAUCUGCUGUCAUUUCAUACUGCAUCUGGGCAUGGCUAUUUUGUCUCUGGUACUGUAUUCAAUGCUUUGAAAUCCAGGCUGAUUGCUUUUGUGACAUGCCUUAAAGGCUCUAUUGUGAGGUCAGCUUAAGUCAGAAGAUAAAUUUGACUUUAUACCUUAAAUGUUAGCCUGUUUCAGAUUAAUUAGCCAUAGUGAGGAGUAUUUCAGUAUACUUCAGCAUAUUUCAGUAUAUCAGUAACUCUGAAAGAGUUACCUCUUGUUAAAGGAAAGGGAGAAGAUGUGAUAUGUGAAAAGCAUUAACAGCAAUCUGGAGAGUAACUUAGCUCUUCUGUUUGGCUUGAGAAGAAAAAAAAUAGUGGCUUUUGUUAUCAGACUGUGAGCAUUGUAAAAUAUGUUUUGCAAUUUGCAUGCUGGGUUUCAAAACUAGAAGUCAGUAGCUUGGUUACUGGCUGCAGAACUAGUCUAGUCCAUUUGCGGACCUCGACUCCUUUCCUCUUUACUUUCUUCUUUAAAAAAGCAUGCAUGCAUGCUGUAGCUGUGAGAGCCUUUCCUGGUUUCUAACUUUAAGAAUAGCCAAUAGAGACAGUCUUCAGGGACAACGUGGCCCGUUAUGACUGUGCUUCAGAGAAAAUUGCAUGAGAGGCAAGGGGCUUUUUUUAGGUGGGUCUGGCCAAAAGGUUUUCAAAGAGUUUGUUCUGUAUAAGAAGCUCUGAGAGUAGCUGUAUACAUGACUGUGGAUGGUGUCUUCUGGACAAGAAGUCUUGUCUCAGAUUUGGGCAAUCAGUGGUAACUAAAAUGUUCCCUGGGUAACAGUACACGGAAAAGCCAUGUGAUAAGGCAGAGGAGUGGGGCUUAUUGAUGGAAAAGGUAUUUGCAUAAUUGCUAUUCUUCAGUUGGCCACAUGUGCUCUAACCUUCAAGGUUGCUUCCCUUUCUGCCAGACAAGAGUGGUGCCUUUUACAGUGUGUUCCUGGGUGUGUCCUGGCCUGGCUUUCUUCACAGAUGGCUCCUCCAGGUGUGCAAUUAUGGUGGCAGUGACUAAGCUGAGGGAUGUUGUAAUGCUUCUGCAGCUGCCCAAGUGGGAAGUGUUUUUCAGCAUUUUUCUGCUGGGCUUCAAACCUCUGACAAAGUCAGUCCAGCAAAAAGCAAAACAGAACUUAUAGCGGUUGACAAUAUCAAUACAGCAAUUCGUAACUGUGAUCCUAGUAAAACACUGGUUGCACUGAUGAAACCCGAGGCACAGCUGCCUGUUGUUCACUCAUUUGCUGCUGCUGUCUAUCAGACUGAGCUGUUCAACCUCCAACAACAGAAUGCUGUGAACUACCUGGCACAUGAUGAACUGUCUAUUGCAGUAGAAAUGUUGUCAGCUGUUGUGUUGCUAAACCAGACCUUGGAAAAUAAGGACAUCCUAAUGAUAAAAAAUCAUCUCAGAAACCCAUGCCUUGGCUUCAAUAAUCUGGAAGAGGAAAACUUGCAACGUUAUGCUGAUACACUAUUGUCUAUUAAGUCAGAGGCUUCAUCUCAAGGCCAAGAUUAUUUAAGCUGGAAUGAUAUCCAGAACUGCAUUGACAUGGUUAAUAUGCAAAUUCAAGAAGAAAAUGAAAGAAUCAUUGCAAUUGGACACAUUAAUGAAGCAGUUGACCAAGGAAAUCCUGAUAAAACUCUAGAAGCCCUGCUAUUGCCCACAGCCAAGCUGCAAGAUGUGAGACCAGUAAAUGCAAGGCAUUAUCAGGAUGUUCUGCACCAUGCCAAAGCACAAAAAUGCAAGGAAUCUCAAGAUGAAUCAGCGCUUCUGUGGCUGGAUGAAAUACAAAGAGGAAUCAAUGACAGCAAUAACAACAUAAAAGAAGCAGCAACCUUGGCUGUUGGAAUAUCAAUGAUUAACAAGAGCUUGGAGAAAGGUGAUUCACAGCCAAUCCUGAUGGUACUACAGUCAAGGUUUGGAUUACGAGUCAUUCCUGAAUGUGCUGAAGCCUACUUCAGGAAGCUCUCUGAAGCCAAGAACAUGAAAACUACAGAAGGUUCUAGUGAAAGUCCAUGGAUUAAACUUGUAAUGAAAGCCAUGUAUGAUUACUAUUACAAUGUGGAAACUGAGGAAGGUACCUGUGUUGCCCCCAGAGGAGUUGUACCAAAAUCUUCAUGGUUAACUGGUGAAGAAAUCCAGAACAUUGCUGGGCAAGUUACAGCAGAUUACAAUCGAGAGCAGCUGUGGCUUGCUAAUGAAAAUCUGAUUGUUGGGCUGCAAGCCCGAGCAAGGGGAUUCUUAGUCAGAAAAAACUAUCAGGAGAGAAAAGCCUAUCUUCAAAACCAGGAACCAUCUGCCAUCAAAAUACAGGCUUUCUGGAAAGGAUUCAAACAAAGGAAAAGCUAUGUUGACAGAUUAAAGGUGCUUCAAGGCAAUGUUGCUGCUAUUGUUAAGAUUCAGUCAUGGGUCAAAAUGUGGCUAGCAAGGAGAGCUUACAGGAACCGCCUACAAUACUUCAAGGAUCAUAAUGACCAAAUUGUGAAAAUACAAGCAUUUCUUAGAGCAAACAAGGCGAGGGAGGACUACAGAACACUAAUUGGUGCUGAAAAUCCACCCUUGACUGUUCUGCGCAAAUUUGCCUACCUCUUGGACCAAAGUGACUUGGACUUUCAGGAAGAACUGGAAGUAACAAGGUUAAGGGAAGAAGUGGUUACAAAAAUUCGAUCCAAUCAACAGCUGGAGAAGGAUUUGAACUUGAUGGACAUAAAGAUUGGAUUGCUGGUGAAAAACAGAAUCACUCUUCAGGAUGUGGUACUGCACAGUAAGAAACUUAACAAAAAGAGCAAAAGUCAACUGGAAGAGAUGGUUAUGGUUGACAAACAGGGCAUCAAAGGUUUGAGUAAGGAGAGAAGAAAAAAAUUGGAGGCUUAUCAACACUUAUUCUACCUUCUACAGACUAAUCCCACGUAUCUGGCAAAGCUGAUUUUCCAGAUGCCACAAAACAAAUCAACGAAGUUUAUGGAUACAGUCAUCUUCACUCUAUACAAUUAUGCCUCCAAUCAACGGGAAGAAUACCUGCUUCUCAAACUCUUCAAAACUGCUCUAGAAGAGGAGAUAACCUCUAAGGUAGACCAGAUUCAGGAUAUCGUUACUGGAAACCCCACUGUCAUUAAGAUGGUUGUCAGCUUCAACCGAGGCGCUCGCGGACAGAACACUCUGCGCCAGCUCCUGGCCCCGGUGGUGAAGGAAAUCAUGGAGGACAAGUCUCUCAUCAUCAACACUAGUCCUGUGGAUGUUUACAAAGCAUGGGUAAACCAGCUAGAAAUGCAGACUGGUGAGGCCAGCAAACUGCCAUACGAUGUGACCACAGAACAAGCACUGACACACCCAGAAGUGGUCAAUAAACUGGAAUCAUCCAUUCAGAGCUUGCGGGCAGUAACUGACAAAGUUCUCACAUCCAUAUUCUCUUCUCUCAAUAUGAUGCCUUAUGGAAUGAGGUACAUAGCCAAAGUUCUGAAGAGCUCACUCCAUGAGAAAUUCCCGGAUGCAACUGAAGAUGAACUAUUAAAGAUUGUUGGCAACCUUCUGUACUAUCGCUACAUGAACCCCGCCAUAGUUGCUCCUGAUGGCUUUGAUAUAAUUGAUAUAACAGCUGGGGGGCAGAUACACCCUGACCAGAGGAGAAACCUAGGCUGUGUGGCAAAAGUCCUCCAGCAUGCUGCUUCCAACAAACUCUUUGAAGGAGAAAGCGAACAUCUGUCAUCUAUGAACACUUACCUCUCACAGACCUACCAGAAGUUCAGGAAUUUUUUUCAAGCAGCAUGUGAUGUUCCUGAACCAGAGGAGAAAUUCAAUAUUGAUGAAUACUCUGAUAUGGUGACCCUCAGCAAGCCUGUCAUAUAUAUUUCCAUUGAAGAAAUUAUCAAUACCCAUUCACUGCUUUUGGAACACCAGGAUGCCAUUGCCACUGAGACUAAUGACCUGCUGAAUGAAUUGCUGGAAGGCCUGGGACCUGUUCCUGAUAUAGAAUCUUUCCUUGGGGAAGGAGCUGUUGAUCCCAAUGACCCCAACAGGGAAAGCACACUGAAUCAACUUGCCAAAACAGAGAUUUCACUGUCUCUAACAAGCAAGUAUGAGUUACGAGAAGGUGAAGAUCAGGAUCUCAAAAGUUUGAUGAUAAAGACCAAAAGACUCAUUGUGGAUGUGAUACGAACACAACCAGGGGAUACACUCUCAGAAAUAUUAGAAACACCAGCCACUGCACAACAGGAAUCUGAGAAUUUGAAACUUGUAGAAAAACGUGCCAUCUUAGAUUCCAAAACUCCAGAGAAAAUGAAGAACAGUCAGUCUAUUUUUGAAGAUGGGCAGCUACCAAUAGAACAAAAGAAAAGGAAAAUUCAGAGAAAUCUCCGGACAUUGGAACAAGCAGGACUAGUGUCUUCAGCAACUAAGUACCAAGAAAUUAUAAAUGAGAUUGCUAAGGAUAUCCGGAAUCAAAGAAGAUACAGACAUCAUCGAAAAGCUGAACUGGUGAAACUCCAGCAGACUUUGAAUGCACUUAACUCCAAGACAGCAUUUUAUGAGGAACAAAUUAAUUAUUACAACACCUAUAUAAAAACUUGCUUAGACAACUUAACAAGAAAAAAUUCAAGGAGGUCAAUUAAAUUAGAUGGAAAAGAGGAGGUGAAGGGAAGCAAAAAACUGAAACAGACCUCACUAAAGUACACAGCUGCAAGACUUCAUGAAAAAGGUGUCAUCCUAGAAAUUGAAGACCUUCAAACCAAUCAGUUUAAGAAUGUGAUGUUUGAUAUCACACCUGGAGAAGAAGUGGGUGACUUUGAAAUCAAAGCAAAAUUUUUAGGAGUUGAGAUGGAAAAAGUGCAGCUCCAUUUCCAGGAUUUGCUUCAGAUGCAGUAUGAAGGUGUGGCUGUAAUGAAAAUGUUUGAUAAGGCUAAAGUGAAUGUGAAUUUGCUCAUAUUCUUGUUGAAUAAGAAGUUCUAUGGAAAAUGAGUACUUUCAGAUAUCAUGGACUUCAUCAAUCAGUGGGGAGUCUAUUCAGUAUUUUUUUGCUUAUAAACAUUUGAAGUUUGUCGUUGGAUGCUUGUUAAGUUUUAAAAACACACACCCUAAAACACCAAAUGUUCAGAAGAAUGUACACAGUGCCUUUUCAUCAUUGAUAACAAAACAGAAAACUAAGAAAUCUAUCCAUUUAAGCAGCUCAAGAUUUCAUUGGUGUUGGUACUUUCGAAUCAAAAUAUUCUUUAUGACACACAGCUAUUGUGUAGAUUUUAAGGUAGGCAGAAAUUGAAUUUAGUUAAAUAUAUAAACCUCUUCCUAUUGAAACAUUUUUUUAAUUACCUCAGAUAUAUAAUAUAGCUGAUACUAGACUAUAAGUAUUUACCAAAAGAAAACCUAAUUUGUUUUUAAGAGAUAGUUUGAGCAGAUACUUAGUUACAUACUAGGCCUAUUUUGUGGCAGUUGUCAAUUGCAAAGCAAACUUAUUGUGCAAUUCAAAAAAUUUUAUAGGUAAUUAUAAAGGAACAAUAACGACUUGCUUCACAAAAAUAUAUUUUGCGAUUCAUUCCUACUAAAUGCACUACUGCCUCGUGCAAAAUGACAUUUUCUACUUUCACAGCCUUUGGAGUGGUAUUGGGGAAAUCUGAAUAGCGAACAGUUGUUCAGUUUGAAGUAUUUGAAUACCUAAAUUGUGCCUGUCUGUCUUUUUUUUUUUUUUUUUUUUUGUAAGAAAAUAAAUGCAAUAAAAUCAGUAUUUAGAUUGGG